AUUGGACAGCUGAAAUGCUACGGAAGUGUUUCCGUGCGUGCGGCCCUGUAGCUCCCUGUCCUCGGUGUGCGACUUGACAAUUUUGGCUAAAAACAGGUGGAUGACAACAAUUUCCAUUGCAUGCAGUUAGGUAUCACUUCCGCUGAUUGUAGUCAGAGAUGGGAGCGAACAAUAGCAGGCGCCGCGUCUCCUUUGAGUCGGAUGAAAAUGACAACAUCACAGUUGUGAAGGGCAUAAGGCUCUCUGAGAAUGUCAUCAACCGAAUGAGGGAGCCCAUAGCUCCCCUUCUUCCCCCCUCCCUUCCACAGGUCCCACCCCCUGUUCCACCCAUAGAACCCAUCGCACUACCACCUCAACCUCCUGCACCUGUCACUGAAGUAGUGGCUCCACCUCCACCCCCCAUGGAACAGGUAGCAGCUCCGACCAUCAUUGACAUGGUGAUCCCGCCUCCUACCUUAGCUGCUUUAAAGCCUGUGGCAUCCCCUCCACCACCUGCAUCUGUUGAGCAGCCUACAGUCAAACCCAUUGCUCCGCCUCCUCCCCCAGCUGAAUUCAUUGCUCCUACCCCUUGUGAACCCAUUGCCCCUCCUCCUCAGCCCCCAGUGGAAGCUUUUGCUCCUCCUCCCGCCCCAGAACCAGUGGAAGUUGUUGGCUCCCCUCUUCCUCCUCCCACCCCAGAGCCAGAACCAGUGGCGGUAGCACCGCCAGCAGCACAUGCAGUUGAUGAAGAGGAGCUGAGGAAGAAGAUCACAGAGGAUCUGCAGAAAGGCCUGUUGAAGGAGAGGGUGAAGGCUGAGCAGGAGCUGCAAGCAUGGCUGGAGGAGGAGAAGGUCCAUGCUGCAUCCUUUGCUGAGGCUGAGGCCCAGGCCAGUGUGAAGGAUGAGGUGGGUCGUAUCCUGGAGCUGGAGAGAGCCACGACCCAUAAUACCCUGACACAGGCUGUCAUGAGGGAGAAGGUCAGCGCUGAGGACGAGAGGCUACGCACCCAGCUUUACGAGAUUACACGGAAGGCCAAGCAGCUGGAGCUCAGAGACCAGGAACUGAAGAAACAGGAUGCCUUCUACAGGGAACAGGUUGCCAGGCUGGAGGACAGGAGUGCUCAGUUCUACAAGAUGACCACAGAGAACUACCACAAGGCUGCCGACGGAAUCAACGCAAAGUUCAAGCGGUUUGAGGUGAGUCCAGUGUGUGCUGAUCUGCAGGGUCAGAUCCUGAAGUGCUACCAGGAACACAGUGGGAAGACGCUGCUCUGCUCCACCAUCGCCUCCCGCUACCUGCAGUGUGUCAACCAAGCUAAACAGAAUGGAAAUAAUGAUCUUGCCCCCCUAUGGGCAACCGCUACAGACAUUAGAAAAACAAGUUGAGGACUGGGGGCUAAGAGUGAGGUGCUGUGGCAUUACGGUUUAUCAACCCUUUAUCGUCUGCAAAUGAGUGGAGAGGAGAGGAAGCACCAGAGAUCGCAACCCCGACUCGAGGUAGAAACAGAACCGCAACCUGACCAGAACCAGGAACACAAGACAACCAGACAACCCUGAGAGAGAUGGACACCCGUUAGCCCAACACCCUUCUCCCCCACACCCCCACUGACCCCAAACCCGUUACUCCUUCGUAAGAUCCCACCUACAGUACCUACACCCCUUCUCCCCCACCCCACUCCACUGCAUGUCUAUCUCUACUACCAAGAGGGAGGAGGACAACGGUAGCACUUCCUAAAGAGUACCACGCAGUAGCUCCAUCACGCAGCAGCAGUAGGAGAAGUGCAACUGUCCGCCAUGUUGGAGACGCAUGAAUACAUGCAGAGACGGAGAGUUUAAGCCUAGGCGGAGUCCACCAGAACCAAUGCAGGUCCAGAGCUGAAGAUAUCCUCACGGACUGAACCAGUAUCAUUACCAACACGCAUCACCAACCAACCAGCUCACCCCUCUUACAAAGCCACUAGUCCGCCCCAUCACCACCCAACCAGCUCACCUCCCUUACAAAGCCACUAGUGCGCCCCAUCACCACCCAACCAGCUCACCUCCCUUACAAAGCCACUAGUCCGCCCCAUCACCACCCAACCAGCUCACCUCCCUUACAAAGCCACUAGUCCGCCCCAUCACCACCCAACCAGCUCACCUCCCUUACAAAGCCACUAGUCCGCCCCAUCACCACCCAACCAGCUCACCUCCCUUACAAAGCCACUAGUCCGCCCCAUCACCACCCAACCAGCUCACCUCCCUUACAAAGCCACUAGUGCGCCCCAUCACCACCCAACCAGCUCACCUCCCUUACAAAGCCACUAGUCCGCCCCAUCACUAACCAACCAGCUCACCUCCCUUACAAAGCCACUAGUCCGCCCCAUCACCACCCAACCAGCUCACCUCCCUUACAAAGCCACUAGUGCGCCCCAUCACCACCCAACCAGCUCACCCCUCUUACAAAGCCACUAGUCCGCCCCAUCACCACCCAACCAGCUCACCCCUCUUACAAAGCCACUAGUGCGCCCCAUCACCACACCCUCUAUCAUAAACCUACAUGAUCACAUGACUUCUAUCCACCAGGCUUCACCCUACUGUAUCCCUCUAUCCACUAUAUAAACCUACAUGAUCACAUGACUUCUAUCCACCAGGCUUCACCCUACUGUAUCCCUCUAUCCACUAUAUAAACCUACAUGAUCACAUGACUUCUAUCCACCAGGCUUCACCCUACUGUAUCCCUCUAUCCCUGUGCACUGUCCUGCACACACACCAUUGUGUUCCAGUGUGUUAGUAAUGCAUCUACUUGUUUUGUUUUCAUCCCAACCGUGUCACAAUCACUUCUGACACGUCUGAUCAGAGGAAAUUAAAGAAUGAAUCCGGAAUUGA